AUGAUAAGCAGUCUGAUAGAUUCAAUGUCUACAAACAAUAUAAAUAUCAAUAUUGAUUUCCAAUCGCUUUCUGAAGAAAUUGCAGUUAUUUUUACAACAAGUCGCCUCAGCAAUGAAACUAUCAGCAUUUAUGAAGGAAUUAGAACUCGAUUAGACAGAAUGAUGAAGCUAGGCAUUAGAAGUGAUUGCAGUGUUGAAAUUUAUGGCUCCGCAAGGAGUGGUUUUGGAAUUGUAGGAAGCGAUUUAGAUCUUAACUUAACAUUCCCCCAGGCUGUAGAAGAGCUUGAGGUGUUGAAAAGGAUCAAAAAGACCAUCAGGAAUUCAUGUAUAAGCUCUAACAUUAUAGAAGCGAGAACUCGCAUACUAAAAUUUAGGCUAACUUCUCAUCCUGAUGUAGAUUCCAGCAUUUCUCUUAACAAUUACUUUGCGCUAAGAAACACUGAACUUCUCAAUACCUAUAGUAAAAUUGAUGAAAGAGUGCCUCAACUAGUUGUUACUGUAAAGCAUUGGGCAAAAAUGAUGGGAAUCGCAGAUACCAUACAGCAUACAUUAUCUCAGUAUGCACAUUCUUUAUUGGUGAUAUAUUUUUUGCAAAGAAGGCAGCCUCCUAUUCUCCCAAAUUUACAAAAUGAUAACAAAAUUUCAGAUUUUUAUCAAGAAUUUGAUUGCGGAUUUGAUAGGGAUUAUGAGAAAUAUAGAGAAUUGGCUCAAAGAAAUACAGAAACAAUAGGGGAGCUCCUUUAUAAUUAUUUUCGAUUUUAUGAAUCGUUUGGAUGAUAUGAUACGAUAGUAGAUAUAUCUAGGUUAGAGCGCGCUAGGAAAGAGAGUAAGCCAAUUAAGAGCCAAUGGACCAAACUUAUAUGCAUAAGGGAUCCUUUUUUAACUGUAAGAAACCUUGGAGAUGUUUGCAAUAAAGAAGGAUCACGCAAAGUAAUUUCAGAGUUUGGAUAUGCAGCAGCUAUGAUAUCUGAAGGGAGAAGCUUGGCAUAUGUGCUAAAUAAUAAUAUGAGCUAA